AUGGCUAGAGAAAGGAAGAAAGAAGCAUCUCCAGCUGAAGGGAGAGAAGUACCAUAUCCCUUGGUACCUUCUAGGAAGGAAUAUGAAAGACAUCUAGCUAGAUUUCUAGAUAUUUUCAAGAAGCUAAAAAGUACCAUGCCCUUCGGAGAAGCUCUACAUCAAAUGUCGCUUUAUGCUAAAUUUCUAAAAGAUAUGCUAACUCGGAAGAACAAGUACAUCCAUAGUGACACCAUAGUUGUGGAGGGAAACUGCAGUGUCGUAAUUCAAUGCAUCCUUCCACCAAAACAUAAGGAUCUAGGCAGAUUUACUAUACCUUGUUUUGUAGAUAAAGUUUUUGUUGGCAAGGCUCUUAUUGAUUUGGGAGCCAGUAUUAAUUUGAUGUCGCUUUCCAUGUGCCAGAGGCUUGGAGAGUUAGAGAUAAUGUCAACUAGGAUGACUUUACAGUUAGCAGAUCGCUCCAUCACCAGACCCUAUGGAGUGACAGAAGAUGUUUUGGUCAGAGUUAAACAACUUAUCUUUCCUGCUGACUUUGUGGUAAUGGACAUAGAGGAAGAUGCAGAUAUUCCCUUAAUUUUGGGACGUCCAUUUAUGGCUACUGCAAGUUAUGUAGUAGACAUAGGAAAGAAGCUAGAAAUGGGUAUUGAAGACCAAAAGAUUAGCUUUGAGUUGUUUGAUGAAGACAAACAUUUGUUGGACCAAAACGUCUGGUUAAAGGUGAAGGAGUAUGAAAAAGAGGUUCUGAUGGAGUGA